AAUUAAAAUCAGAAGAAUAACUUUCUUCAGCCAUUCGCAUAUCUGAAUACAAAGCAACCCCCAGCCUCUUCAUCAAUAUGUUUUCAUCAUCAUAUUUGCAAGAAACCCUAAAUAAUAAAGCUUCAACAUUUCAUCAUGUUACUGGUGGUGGUGAUAUCCUCUCCGACUACAUGUCUCCCCUCAGCAAGAACGAUUUGCGACGGAUAUUCGAGAAGCUCGACAAGAACGGCGAUGGCUUUGUUAGCCUGGAGGAGCUCAACUGGUUGCUCCAGAGAAUCGGAUCAGUCCAGUUUAGCCUCCAAGAACUGGAGCCCUUAGUCGGAAAACCCUGCUUGAACUUCGACGACUUCUUGUUCUUUUACGAUUCUAUCUCCAACCCGACGACGAUGACGGCGACGAGUAAUCCUUCAACAUCGAGCGAUGAUGACGAGGAGGAAGAAUUGGUCGUACACGGUGGCGAUGGGGACGAAGACGGUGACCUGGCGGAGGCUUUCAAGGUGUUUGACUUGAACGGAGAUGGGUUCAUCUCAUGUGAGGAGCUUGAGAAGGUGUUGGGAAGACUUGGUUUGUGGGACGAAAAGAGUGGCAAAGAUUGCAGGGAAAUGAUUUGGUUUUACGACACCAACAUGGACGGCAUGGUUGAUUUUCAAGAAUUCAAACACAUGAUGUUGCACUCCGUUAAUUCUUAAUUUUUUCCAACAUAAAAAAAA